AUGCUGAGAGAAGCUGUUGUGAUUAAGACGUACAGUGAUUGUGGGGCUUCAGCUCUACAUCCUGGGGACAUUGAUGUUGCUGUGCUGUUGCACAAGGCUUUGAUGUUGCAUGUUGGAAAUGAAGUUGCACUUGAGGAAGGAGAAGUUGCUGUGCUGUUGCAAUUGAUUGGCUUUGUUGUUACACGUCGAUCUGAUCAAGGCGGCGGUUGCGAUUGGCGUCUGUCUGAAUCGUCAACGUGGUCAACAGUCGACUUCGACUGGCCCCCUCUGAUUGGUCAACAUGGUAAAUCG